AUGCGCGAGAUUCUUCUCACAAUGGCUUGGGCCAUGAUCGGCAUGGCAGUCAUUGUCUUCUUGGCAUUGACAAGAGGAUUCACCGCCGGAUACGGAAGAUACGCCGACAGAUCGAAAUAUGGAAUCAAUCCCAAACUCGCGUGGUUCAUUCAAGAGGCUCCCGCUUUCUUCAUUCCCCUUUACUACCUGAGACGCGGACCUUCCAAUUCUGGAUAUGAACUGAACGCUGCUUUCCUCUUCCACUACUUUUUCAGAGCGUUGAUCUAUCCUUGCCGCAUCCGAUCGACUACAAAAUCUCCAGUCGCAAUUGUCGCCGCAGCAACAUUCUUCUGUGCCUACAAUGGAUUUUUGCAAGGAUAUUGGAAUGCUUUUUAUCAACCGGAGGAACCUUGGACCACGCGUAAACUCGUUGGGUCGCUCAUGUAUUGCACUGGAAUGUACAUCAACCACAAGUCGGACACGAUUCUUCGAGAGCUACGGGCUGAUGGUGGGACUGGAUACAAGAUUCCAACUGGGUUCUUGUACGAAUAUAUCUCUUGCCCCAAUUAUGCCGGAGAGAUCAUGGAGUGGAUCGGCUACUCAAUCCUUGCCUGGAAUCUUCCUGCACUAGCAUUCGCCAUCUUCACGAUUGCCAACAUUGGUCCAAGAGCCGUUGCACAUCACAAGUGGUACAAGGAGACGUUCCCAGGAUACCCACCAAAUCGCCGUAUUCUCAUUCCACGCAUCUUCUAGUCCACCGUCAACCCAUCAUCCUGCCUAUCAUUUUUCAAAUUUAUUUUCCAAUUUUACUCAUUACACAUUGCUUCAUUUGACAUAUUCAUUCAAAAUUGCGUGAUGCAUCAGCUUUUUCUUCUGAUAAAUAUGUCCUUAUA